UGUCAUUUUGAACCAUAUUAUAACCGCAGUACGUAACAGAGAAAUUUUGGUUAUUCGCUUGGAUUUGAUUUAUGUUAAGCUUAAUCUUUUUUAUCAGUGACAUUUGAACUAUUAGACAUUUCCGCCAACAUUUAAAUCUGAACACAUCAAAAAACAUAACCACAAACGGAUUAAAGUGCCAAACAAAACAUAUGGGAUCCGAAUUUUUGAGUUUUUUUUAUAUUAUUUCAAAAUGGUACGGAACAUACUCGCAAGUGAUAAUGUGUUAAGCUUUUUCAUUUGUGCUCCAAAAGAUGGUAGUGGCGUAGUUGGCUUGAUUAUAGGACAAUGCGGUGCAGACAGAGAUUAUGUAUUUUACCUGGCUAGAUCUCCAGCUAAACGUGACAAGAGAUCUAGCUUUGAUGAUAUUGAGGAAGACUUGGUCCUCGACCAUGCCAAACAAAUUUCAAGAAUGUUACCAGGUGGAAUGAAUAUUUUGGGAAUUGUUGUAUCUCAUCCUGAAGAUGUAACAUCUCCGUUGCACCCAAAAGUAAAGUCGUUAUUGAGCAACUUGUGCAAAACAUUGGACUAUAAUAGAUUUUAUGGCAACGCUAAGAAAGAAAUGAUUAUAUUAAGUUUCAUCCCAAAACCUCAGAAGUAUAUUUGCAAAGAGUAUAACAUUUCAAAUGGAACCCUACAACUAGCAGAUUUUAAAUUCACUUCAAAAAAACUAAAAUGGUACAGAAUAGAUUGUGCCCUGCUCAUUGAUGAAUUGUACUAUCUUGAUAAAGAAGAAAAUAAGUCAUCUUUAGAAGAACAUAUCAAAGCUAUCUUGGAACAAAUCCAAAAGAAACUGAAUAAUGUGGAGUUUAUAAUAGACAACCAAUAUAAAAAUAAAGAUGAAUGUAUAGAAAGUUAUUUCAAAAAGAAAAUCAGCAAGAGAGGUUCAAAGAAAGAUGAUGCAGAUGAUGAUAGACCACUUACAGCUCUGGCAUUGUUCAAACAAGAUUUUCCCAGUUCACCUUCAAUGCACCAAGUGAAAGAAUCUUCUGGCAGUUUAAAAAUGACAGGAAAAAUUAUAUCAAGAAUUUGGGUACAAUCGAAAACUACCGUGGCAGAAAUCAGUGAAUUUUUAAAACAGGAUAUUAUGUGUAGCUUAGCAUCUAGAUGUGAGAUGCACGUAGACUCUCUCACAGAAGAAGAAAUCUCUGAAGGUAUAAAUUGUAUUCAUGAGCCACCUCGUAGAGUGUUGAUAUCAUUACCAGACAUCGAACCUAUGUUUUCCGACUACUUGUUUCCUGGAGAAGGUCCCCUCGGUGCCAAAACGUCGCUUGAGGAACUUUUCGGUGUCAAAUUUGAAGGAAAAUUGAUUAGUGAAGAUUUGGAAGGUGAAGCCGGUAAGACCCAACUUUCAUUAAAAUUAAAAUGAACAUAAAGACCAAGUAGUUUUUUUAAGAGUGUCAUAAAUUGACCCACCUCUUAACUUUUCUGCAUGGCCCUUGAAAAUUAUUGUUAUUCAACCUUAGGUUUCGCGAAAAUUGCAAUUACAUAUUUGACUAAAAUGAGCUCUUGGUAGAUCGGUGAGUUACAUUAUACAACUAUGUUAACUAUGUAAAGCAAAACAUUAAAGACACAAAAUGAACAUCACAACUAUAAGACCGGAAGUUCCAUUUUAUGUGACAACAACAAAUACUAAAUAACAUCGACAUAUUAGUAAUAAAAAAUUAGGGAUAAAUUAGCUCCUUAGUGUUAUAAAUAUCACCGCCAGUUUACAACGAAAUUAAAUAAAGGAUAUUUAAGAUAUUUAUGAAA